AUGUCAAGCAGUCUUGGUACGAUGCUGGGUCCUGCUCUCAGACUGCUCAAGGCCACAGGAGAAGCGGAUGAGACACUGUCAGGCAUGGUAAGUAAUAUAAUUCCCUUGCCCUAGACUGCCUUCUGAAGACCAGCAGAGAAAGUGUUCACAGUUCUCGCUGGAGAACUCAACGGUGACGCAAAGUGUGGCAUCGUCGCUGGGUGUUCAGAUCGGAACGGAUUGAAUGAACUGAUCGACAAUCAACACCAAGCAAGCAUCCAUGGAGUUUUGCGAUAGCCCAGACCUCAAGAACUGGCCCUCUGGGAUAUGAAUAUCGCGCACCACAGAUCAUCCUUGGUAUGUCACCCCCUUCUGAGAUCGACAUUGGUUAGACAUACUCACAGAUUGACCAGACAAUCGGUAUCGUUACGCGAAAAUCUACCCCUAUUGGCAGAUUGAACUUUGCCAUUGAGCAGAAAAACGCAGCAGAAGAGUAUGCCUCCACCCAUUUCUACAGCUCUUACCCUUCUAACUCCUUUCAAGGCAAUCAAUCAACCUCCCAAGGGCGACCACAAUGA